AUGGGGGACGCGGACCCUGAGGAGGCGGCGGGCAACCCGGCAGCGGAGGGGCUGCAGAAGCCACCUUAUUCCUACGUGGCUCUGAUCGCCAUGGCCAUCCGCGACAGCCCCGAGCAGCGGCUGCCCCUCAGCGGUAUCUACGCCUACAUCUCCGGCCGCUUUCCCUACUAUCGCGGCGGUGCCCAGGGUUGGCGGAACAGCGUCCGCCACAACCUCAGCCUCAACCCCUGCUUCCGCCGCCUCCCCCGCCGACCCGGGCUCUCAGCCCCCCGCCGCGGCGCCGAUUGGGCGCUGGACCCCGCCUUCCACGACAUGUUCCCGGGGGGCGACUAUCGCCGCCGCCGCCGCCGCUGUCCCCGCCGACCCCCGGCCCAUCCGCCACUCUCCCCGCUCUCCGCCACUCCCCCGCCUCCUCCCGCCGUCGCCGUCCCUUGGUCGCUGCCGCUGCCCCCGCCGCCGCUUCCCGGCUGCUCGCACGGGCCCUGCCCGGCCCUAGCGCUGCCCCGGGGGUGCUGCUGCCCCGAGCUGCCGGGCUGGGCUCCCACCUCCUUCCUGGGGUCGCCCGCCUGGCAGCUGCCCGGCGGAACCGGGACCGGGGCGGCUUCGCGCCCCGCCGAGCUGGAGCUCGGGGUCCCCGGUGAGCUGGGGACGAAGGUGCCCUCCGUCUUCCCGUGAGAUCCCCACCAGAGAGGAGCUUCCCCGGGACCGGCGGGCUCCAGCUUGGCUCAGCUUGUUGCAGGUUUCGGGCUGUUUCUGGAUCUCGACUGAAUUUGUGAGAAAGAGACGUAAAACCGCUCAGAUGUUCUACAUGCCUGCCGGUUUCAGGGUACUUCAGCAUCUUGACUGAACUUCUGAGAAAGGGACUUGAAAAACGUUCAGCUAGAAGAUUGGUUUGAAAAGCUCCUGUUGCAGUGACUUCGUUACCUUGUUCCGCUCAUCUGUGUUGAGGGGAGCGCGGAUCGUGCUUCUGUACUGACUUCUGGGUUUGGAUUUGGGCAUGCGGUGUGGUUAUGCUGUUGUUUGAAGCUUCAGGCAAGGCUGAAAGAAAGCUGAAGAGCCUGAGAGAGCUCACCAGCAUCUUGAGGCUUCUCGAGUCUGAAAGUGCAUUAAUAGUCAGAUGCCAGUCCUUACAAAGGAGAAACUUGGUUCAUGCAGGGCAGUUAUUUUUUCAAGUGUCAAACUAUCUCUGGAGCUUUUCUUUCAAGGUUUAUGAGAAAGCAAUUAUGUAUUUUGUGGCGUUUGGGGAAAAAAAACCCAAAGAAAACCAACAACGAAAUACAGAACUUAAAGAUCUUUGGUAAUACUGGUAGUUUUGUGGGUUUUGUACUUACACUGAAUAUAUGUGGGAUUUUUCAUACAGUAAAGGGUUAUUUUAUAUUGUUGCUUGUUAUGUAUGUUAACAUAUGUUCAUUGUUAACAUGUUUCUUAAAAAUGAUGCUGCAAUUACUAUGUAAGGGUAUUAUUCCCUUUUAAUUUCAAAGGGAGUAGUUUCUAUGCUUUUCCUUCAGAAUAAGCAUUCAGAGACAAAAUAUGCUUCUAAUGCCAGCUGUGAUUUAAAUUUGUGAGCUCAAAUACUGUUAGGUGAAGAGCAGCACUUGCUUUAUGUUCUA